AUGGGCUUCUUGGAGAACGAGGGCAGCUGGAGCUUGUCCUUCGCUGGCUCAGGCUAUUUGGGACUCUACCAUGUGGGCGUGACCCAAUGCCUGCACCAGCGCGCCCCGCACCUCCUCAAGGGCGCCCGCCGCAUCUAUGGUUCCUCGUCUGGUGUACUCAAUGCUGUCAGCAUCAUCUGUGGCAUGUCAACUGACUACUGCUGCUCCAGCCUCCUGGGCUUGGUCAAGCAGCUGCAGCAGCUGAGCCUGGGCAUCCUGCAUCCGGCCUACGCACCCAUCGAGUACAUCAAACAGCAGCUGAAGGACGCCCUGCCCAGCAAUGGCCACAUUCUGGCCACCCAGCGCCUGGGCAUCUCACUGACCCACUGGCCUGAUGGUCGCAACUACAUAGUCACUGACUUCGCCACUCGAGAUGAGCUCAUUCAGGCCUUGGUCUGCAGCCUGUACUUACCGUUCUACUGUGGGGUAAUUCCCCCCGAGUUCAGAGGGGAGCGCUACAUCGAUGGGGCUCUGAGCAAUAACUUGCCCUUUGCGGACUGCCCCUCUACCAUCACCGUCUCGCCCUUCCCGGGGACAGUAGACAUUUGUCCCCAGAGCAGUUCGGCCAGCCUGCACGAGCUCAGUGUCUUCAACACCAACUUCCAAAUCUCCACCAUGAACUUAUUCCGGGGCUUCAUGUCCAUCGUACCCCCCAAACCCGAGGUGGUGGCUGACAACUGCAGACAAGGCUACCUGGAUGCUCUGAGAUUCCUGGAGACCCGUGGACUCACCAAGGAGCCUGUGCUGUGGACGUUAGUAUCUAAGGAGCCUCCAGCCCGAGAGGGGACCAAGGGUGCUGGCCAGGACCGAGGUCAGCAGGCUGCCCUGUCUAUCAGCUGGGACGUGCCCCACGUGCUGGUCAAGGACGUGCCUGACUUCGAGCAGCUGGCACCGGAGCUGGAAGCUGGGUUGAAGAAAGCCUGCAGGAGGGACCAAGGGCCCUGGACCCGCUUCCGGUGCUCGGUGCCUGGGCGGGCGCUGACAUACCUGAUGCUUCCCUGCACUCUGCCCUUUGAGUACAUCUACUUCCGGAGCAGAAGGCUGGUGGUAUGGCUGCCUGAAGUGCCAGCCGACCUGUGCUGGAUGCAGGGUUUGCUGAAGGACGUGACCCUGGAGCUCUACACCAGGGUGCGAGACCAGCUCCUCAGGCCGGGCAGCCUCCUUGUCCCCAGCAUCAUGGACUCAGAUCCCCUCCAGCCUGGGGCAGCCGCUCCUGUGGACCUGGCCAUGGAGUUUGGGACAACCCACCAGGCCUGCGGGGCACCAGGCAGAGCCAAACCAGUGACAGGUCUCUCUUGA